UUACAUGUAUGUCUAUCCGCAACUGCCAACCGUGCCCUCACUGCAGGCCUUCAGCCCCAAAUUGUCUUCCUCCGAUUCCGGUGGAUCGAUUGAAUCUCCCCGAGGGCAGAGUCCAUCCAAGAUGGCGGCCUCCGUCCUACCAACGCUGCUCCUCCUCGUCCUCGUCGCCCUCGCGCCAGGCCCCUCCAGCGCGAGCCACGUGAUCACCUUCGCCCCCGCCCGCGGCGUCAACCCCGCGUCGCUCGCCUGGGACCCCACGGCUCAGCACUUCGUCGUCGCCGGCGGCGGCGACGCCGUCCUCUCCGUCUCCGACGCCGGAGUCACCGAGUCGAUCGUCUCCUCCGGCGCAUCAGCCGUCGCCGUCGACGACCGCCGGCGCCGCCUCCUCGUGGCGUCCGCGGGCUCCCUCUCCUCCUACGACCUCCGUUCCCCGCGCCCGCACCGCCUCAUCCACUCCGCCCCGCUCCCGGACCCCGCCUCGCCCGGCGGCAUCGCCGUGGACCCGCACACCGGGAACGCCUUCCUCACCGUGGGCGCCCGAAUCUACAAGGUGUCCACCGAGGGCGACCUCGCCCCGCUCCCCUCCGCGCCGGCGUACGGCUCCGAGCCCCUAGCCUCCCUCACCGCACACGUGAGCCGAGGGUUCCUGCUCGUGGGCCAGCCCAGCACCGGUCACCUCCUCCGUGUGGACAUGGAGGACGGCGCCACGAGAACCGUGUCGGGGGCCUUCACGCCCCCCACGCCCGUUUCCGUGGCGGUCAGGAGCGACGGGGCGGUGGCGGUGGGCGGGGCGGCGGCGCUGCGCCUCGUCGUGAGCAACGACGGGUGGGCGUCGUGCGGGGUGCGGGACGAGGCAGCGCCCGACGGCGCCGUGGCCGCGGUGGCGGUGCGGGAGCGGAGGCGGGUGUACGCGCUGGUGGAGGCCGGUGCGAUGGACGGGGGGAGGGAGUGGCGGAUCGAGGAGGUGUCGUGGAAAACGGAGUCGGAGGGGGAGAUGGUUGUGAUCUUCGUCUUGGUCGGUGCCGCCCUCGCCAUCUUCAUGUUCUGGAGGUUCCAGAUGCGCCAGCUCGCCGGCAGCAUGAACAAGAAGAUCCGAUAGUAACAUUGCAAAUCUUCCUUACUUUGUUUAAUCUUUUGGUUUUUGUUGUGUAUUAGUUGGUCUAGGUACAUACUUGUGGAUUAGACACGUUACUUACUAUGAACUGUGUAUCUAUGAUCUUGCUUUGCUACUUCUUGAUAAGUUAAGGCACAAUUCUGGAGCACCAAUGCUCCUGGUUGGCAAUUGUACUUUCAAAAUUACACAAUGUAAUGGAAACUACAUUCUUGUUAUGACGAUGAAUUUCACUUGAUGCAAUAAACUAGGAGUGAGGUCUAUAUAGA